AAAGUCGAGUCGGCACCCCAGUCUUUUCCCACCGACCUCGGGUGCCGUCGCGGACCGGCUGGGAGAGCGUCCGGCGGAGCGUCCGGGCCCUGGAAACGGCGUAGCCCGUCGGGGGCUGCGCGCACCAUGGCCGGCUGCUGCUGCCUGUCCGCGGAGGAGAAGGAGUCGCAGCGCAUCAGCGCCGAGAUCGAGCGGCAGCUUCGCCGGGACAAGAAGGACGCGCGCCGCGAGCUCAAGCUGCUGCUGCUGGGAACUGGAGAAAGUGGCAAAAGCACCUUUAUCAAGCAAAUGAGAAUCAUCCAUGGGUCUGGUUACAGCGACGAAGACAGAAAGGGGUUCACGAAGCUAGUUUAUCAAAACAUAUUCACCGCCAUGCAAGCCAUGAUCAGAGCCAUGGAUACCCUGAGGAUACAGUACGUGUGUGAACAGAAUAAGGAAAAUGCCCAGCUGAUCAGAGAAGUGGAUGUAGACAAGGUCUCCGCUCUCUCCAGGGACCAGGUGGAGGCCAUCAAGCAGCUCUGGCAGGACCCGGGAAUCCAGGAAUGUUAUGACAGGAGGAGGGAAUACCAGCUGUCAGACUCUGCCAGAUACUACCUGACUGACAUUGACCGGAUCGCCAUGCCAUCGUUCGUGCCAACGCAGCAAGACGUGCUUCGUGUCCGAGUACCCACAACCGGCAUCAUUGAGUACCCAUUUGAUUUGGAAAACAUCAUCUUUCGGAUGGUGGAUGUUGGUGGCCAACGAUCUGAAAGACGGAAAUGGAUUCACUGCUUUGAGAGUGUCACCUCCAUUAUUUUUUUGGUUGCUCUGAGUGAAUACGACCAGGUCCUGGCUGAGUGUGACAAUGAGAACCGCAUGGAAGAAAGCAAAGCCUUAUUUAAAACCAUCAUCACCUACCCCUGGUUUCUGAACUCAUCGGUGAUUUUGUUUUUAAACAAGAAGGAUCUUUUGGAAGAGAAAAUCAUGUACUCUCAUCUAAUUAGCUAUUUUCCAGAAUACACCGGACCAAAGCAAGAUGUCAAAGCUGCCAGAGACUUUAUCCUGAAGCUCUAUCAAGAUCAGAAUCCCGACAAAGAGAAAGUCAUCUAUUCCCACUUCACAUGCGCUACAGACACAGAGAAUAUCCGCUUUGUGUUUGCUGCUGUGAAAGACACAAUUCUACAACUAAACCUGAGGGAAUUCAACCUAGUUUGAAAGCUGCUGCCCACUCCUUACCCAGGCCAGCAAACCGGAUUUGCAAGCUCCUCGUGUUUUUAUUUGUAAGUGCUUCUGACAUCACCCGGCCCAGCCCAGAGGUGGCACCAAGUCCAUCAUGCAGGCCACAGGGAUGGGGAUGGGUGAUGGAGCUUGUAAGAUAUUUGAGUUUAGCAAAACUUUUUCAAAGUCUUUAUUCCCAAAUUGUUUUUACAUUUCUUUUCUUGACUUUAGGCUGUAAGAUUUU